UCUUGUGGUGCUGUGUUUGCUGUCGAAGUACGGGCUGCAAACUACGACAGCAUUCGCUCAAGUCGUCUUCCAAUCGCGUCCUAAGGCGCCAAAGACGACGAAUUGGAAAGUACGGAAGUCGGAUUCCACACGUUGCUCGUGGCAGCGUUUCAGCUAAGCAGGCGCCUUCCUUGCGGAUCGUCCUUCAGGGGAAUUCCCGAUGCAGCCGGAUCAUGGUGACCCGCAGUUUCGAGGUUUCUUGGACGGUGCGAGGAACGAUCGGUGUUACGAAUCCUCCUGGUGCACCUCCGUUCCUAUGACGAGCGGAGAGCUGAUACUCGGCAGGACGUGCGCGAUCAAGCAUGCCGCCUAUGGGCUCGCGAACGUUGUUGUUCCGGGGAUGCUGCGAGCCAGCGCUUCCUGCGGGCCGGCGUUGUGCCAAGCGCCGUUCACCUGGAUGACACCUGCGAUCGCCUGCAAGACGACGCCGCGUUACGAAAAGCCUCCGUAUUCGUACAUCGCCCUGAUAGCGAUGGCCAUCAAUUCGACACCGAAGCGGCGAUUGACUCUCUCCGGCAUCUACAGGUUCAUCAUGGACCGGUUCCCGUACUACAGGGAGAACCGCCAAGGCUGGCAAAACAGCAUUCGACACAAUCUCAGCCUGAACGAUUGCUUCGUGAAGAUGCCGCGAGACAAGACCGGCGCGGACAAUGACGAGGAGGAUGGACGAGGAGGCUCGAUUGGAAAGGGCAGCUAUUGGACUUUGGAUCCGUCCGCCAGUGAGAUGUUCGAGCACGGCAAUUACAGGCGACGCAGAACGAGACGUCAGCAGCGGGUUUUCGCUCGGGAGAAGCAAGACGAACCGGCGGGAUUGUCGGUAGCGGCUCAAUUUUUGCCGGGAUUGACAAAGCAUCACGAGCAGUUUCGGGAACAGCAACGCGUAGUCAUCGAGAUUAACGAGGAGAGCAUCAAGUCGAAGGACUUAAAUUGUACGAAUUCCUCGGAACCUAUCGCCAAAACUACAAUAUUCAGCAUCGACAACAUCUUACGAAAGUCCACGAGGGAGGCGCAAAUCUAAUUUCUUGCGCAUACAAUUUUUUUUUUAUAACUGUUAUAAUGUUACUUUGACAUCGAACACUCGUUCGAUCAGACAUCCUCUCAUGAAUUUACUCGCCAAUUUACUCGCAUCCUUACAUUGUAUAAUUUUUCUCAGCGCGGAUUUGCUUUUUAAAAAUAUUAUUUAUUGCGACAUUCACACAUUUUGUUAGCUGUUACCUUUCAGGCUGCUCUUUGUAUAUAUGAGCCGUUUAUUUUUAAAGUGAUAAGUCCAGUUUCCUCUCGUUUCAAGAUAUUGUAAACAAUGUGGUUGCUUUUUGAUUUAUCGAAAGAUAUUAGUGAGCGCCGAUAGUAUAUA